AUUUCACAUUAGAUGAUCCACCUUUCAUAGUAUGUGAAAUAAUACUUUGCCUCUACUAUGAGUCUAUAUCACAUUAUCACUAGUCAUUGUCGUUGUCUCUCAAUACUCAGCUGUGGUGCAACACUUCUUGGAUAAGCUCAUUUGACUUUCACUACUUUGAUCCUUGAUUUGUCGAGAAAUUUUCUUUGUUCUGUAUCCCUCAUCAAAAACCUCUCCAUUAGGCAUUGAUCUGUCUGAUCUUAUAUAAUCCUUAGAGAACUAUAUACCAAUGGUGAUUCUCUCUUGUAGGACUGCAAGGUUUCACAUCAGAUUUGAAGGGAUAUCCGAAUAGCAGAAUCUAGCUUGGAGGCUCAUUUACUUAAAGGCAUGGAGAAUUCAGAUGGUUCAUCAACCAUGAGAAACUUUGCAUUCAAAGGAAGACUGUUACCGCUGCCACCUAAUACCUUCGAUUGCAUUUUUCCAUCUGAUGAAAAUUGCAUUGCCAAUCCCACUGUUAGAUCAGAAGGUUAUCCAAAGCCUACGGGGGGAUGCCACCAACGUACAUCAUCCGAUAGCUUUCUAUUAGAGGAACAACCCGCUUGGCUUGACGAAUUGCUUAAUGAGCCAGAGAUACCUGUGAGCAGAGGUCAUCAGCGUUCAUCAAGUGACUCUAUUGCAUCCUUAAAUGGACUAGCUAAGUCCUUUAGAGAAGACAGAUACAAGUUCAAAAACAAUCCUGAAGCUGGACCUUCUAGGGGAUUUUCUAGUUUUGAUCAUCAUAAAGGUUUGUCACAGGCUUCCUUGCAUGCAAAUGCAAGCACUUCUCAUGUGCAUCAAAAUAAGGCACGGAAAUCAUCCUCCACUUCUGUUACCUCCUCAAGCAGAUCUUUAUUUACAAGUGAUGGCAUUAGUCUUCAAACCUCAGGAUCAUCAUGCACUCCACAAGAACCUGAUGGCAUGCCAUCUAAAGCCAUUGUAAAGAAAGAUGGAAAGGAUCCAGAACUCUCUUCAUUUAGAAGCGAUUGCAGCCAGUCUAAUCCAACUACAUCCAGGGCAGAUUUAAAGCGUGCUAAACAGCAAUUUGCCCAACGGUCCCGACUCAGGAAACUUCAAUAUAUAGCUGAAAUGGAAAGAAAUAUCCAAGUUUUGCAGGCAGAAGGAUAUGAAGUCUCAGCUGAGCUUGAAUUUCUUGACCAACAGAAUCUUAUAUUGGGCAUGGAAAACAUGGCCCUCAAGCAACGGUUGGAAAGUUUAUCUCAAGAGAGAUUCAUAAAACACUUGGAACAGGAUAUGCUACAAAAAGAAGUCUCAAGGCUUCAAAAUUUAUACCAACAGCAGCAGCAGCAGCAGAUGCAUUCAAAACGUCAUCAAAUCAACAGUACAAAUCUUGAUUCCCACACCUCCAUAAUACCAAAGGAAGCUGGUUCCUGAGAAUGCAAUUAGCAGCUGACAAGACAAAAGAUAUCAUACAUAGAUGGAUUAAUAUUCUCAUUAUCUAAUCUAUAUUCUCUUUCUUUUUUUAUGAAAUUUGGAAACUAGUAAGGCCUUAUUAUUAGAGCCUUUGUCACUUUUGUUGUUAUGUUAUAGGUAUAUGCCUUGUUGGUAAAUCCUGGGAAAAGCCAAUCUCUUGGAAUUGAGCUGGCCCGGAAAUACCAAAUGAGAUUGUAUUGGUUAUUCUCCAUAACAUGGCUUGCAUAGUAUGUUCUUUGUUUGUUUGUGACUUCCAUAUGUUGCCUCAAAGUGAAAGAGAUUUCAAUAAACUACAGAAUUUGGUUU